AUGGAGACGAUGCUCGACGGCCACCAGAAAAUGGUCCAGAGUCUCGAACUCAUGAAAAUUGUUCUGCACAUUACGCUCGCAGGGAUCCUUUUCAAGCGGAACCUCUUGCCAUGGAUCGUCUUCGGCGAACGAGGUCUUUCGAUUCCAAAGCUUUCUGUCCCCGAGAUCUCCCACGUCCACACAUAUAAAGACUUCAUUAGUGACGACGGGAGUAAAAACGAUGACUCUACAUUCAAAGUAACAGUGAUGGAGAGGGGAAAAGAUUCCAAAACAGAUCAUGUACUUGAUCUGCUGGAAGGAAGCAUAUUCGAAGCACUGAUGCGACGCCACCUUCACGCCGCACAAUUUUCCAUUAUCGAGGACCGAGAGCAGCCUCUUGAGGUUCUUGAGUCCUACAUCAUUUCGUUUGCGUAUGACAAUGCUCAACGUAAGAUGGAUAAGGGCAAGCACGUUGAUCCCAAUGACCAUGUCCAAGACAAUGCAGAAAACUCAGUCGCUCCAGUCGCCUUUUCAGUGAAUGUCAGAAAAGGUAUUCGGCAUAUAAACCGCUUACUCACACCCCUCACGGCCUCGUUUACCAAGCUGCCCAGUGUCCGAGCUCUCGGAGUUUUCUUGACUUAUACCGAAAACUGUCCGAAAGAGUAUCAAGUCCCGGAUUUUACAGACGCUGAUAAUGUCCUGCUCAAAGCCAUCAGCGAGGAGAAGUUGGGCAAGCGGACUAUUUGCUGCGGUGGCAUCGGUACUGGUCUUCAUUCAGCCUCUCUGAAAGUGACCUACACCCACCAGCUGACACGGAGCGCAUCUGUUUCCUCGAUCAAUACACAGCCAUCUGUAAAACCUGCAGAGGUUAAUUCGGAGAAUUUCCGAAUGGUUAUGAACCAUUCGUCCCAAGAACACACAAAGCACAAUGAGGACCUUGUGGGUGAAGGUGCAAAUGGCGACUCUCUUACGCACAUGCAGGAUAAUCGACUCAUCGACCCAAUAAGCCAGGCCAAAGACAUGAAGAGUCCCGAUCGAGUAGGGAACAUCCAGGAAGAUGCAAUGGAAGCAAUCGAACAAGCUCCUGACUUCGCAAAUCGAGCGAUUUCCAAUGGCAACAAACGAAAGUCAAAAUCGCAAUCGACUGAGAGGUACCACGAGGGCAACAUCCGCGAGCGUCACAAUGUCAUCACGAGCUCAAAAGCGAGAAGACUACCAUUUGACGCAUGA